AUGGCUGGCCCAGGUGGUGGUCCUCCGCGACGCAGUCACACUAAGUCGCGCAAGGGCUGCGAUAAUUGCAAACGUCGGCAUAUCCGAUGUGAUGAGAACUUUCCCCAAUGCCGUAACUGUACCAAGCACAAGGUCCGAUGCCCGUACAACGAUGUGCCUGUUCCUGAUGAAAGGGCGGCAACUCCCGACAAGCCCGAUCUGAUGUGGACCCCUGAGAUUGAGGCCGCCGUCGAGCAGUGGCAGCGAACUGGAAUUUUCCCGUUCCCGAGCCUUAAUAUCUACCCAGCACCGGCACCUCAGUACUAUUCUGUUGAAGAUCUUAGGCUGAUUUUCCACGUCGCUGCCAUCUGCAAUGAGAUGAGUGCCAUGGAUGCUAACGGGUUUACCCUUUGGACCCGUCAGAUUCCUACAAUCAUUAAAAUCGGUGCUACCCAUAGCUACGUUAUGCAUGCUCUACUCGCCUUUUCGGCCGAGCACAUCGCUUUCUUGACAAACUGUCCACAUGUGGGCAGCAUGGGUUACGAGCAUCGCGGUGUUGCCUUCAAGGGAUUACAGGAAGCCAUUGGAUCGUUCUCACGUGAAAACUCAGACGCCGUUCUAGCUGCCUCGCUCGUGCUCUCGUGGCAGGCGACAGAUUGGCGAAGCUGGACCCAAUUGAUGCAAGGGACCUCGUCCGUCAUCGAUGCUAUGGAACCCUGGAAGCACGAGUCCCAAUUUGGAGAGUUCAUUGCUGAAAGCAGCACGUUCCCUACUGCGCCCCCGUCCCCGACUCCGGAUCACAAGCCUCAUCAGCCGCGGAAGGAGGAUCUUGAUGCGUUCCAGCGCACCAUUAACCAGAUCACCAAGGUUGAAGCUCACCUGAAGCAAAACAAGGAGGACCCUCAACUGGCGACCCAGCUGGUAUGCUUCCUUAAGGGUGCUCGCAAAGUCAGUCCGAUUCAGUCGAUUGAGGAUCAGUUUGAUCGACUCCGGCCUCUCCGCACCUGGCUCUUCUGGCUUCCUGUGAUGUGCUUCAAGCAAAACGGCACGUCUCCGAGUGCCUUGGUCGUUGUUGCGCACUACUACACUGCUGCGAUCAUGAUGGAACGCCUCUUCCCCGAGAUUGGCGCCGCAUACUUCGGUAGUCUCGCCAUCGGACCAGUAGAGGAAAUUGCCCGACGACUGCUCUCGAUCAACGUUUCUGGAAGCCUCGAUGGAGACUCGCAGACACCGCUUACGCUCAUGGAAUUCCCCAUUGAUACAGUUAACGAAUUCCGGUCUCGCAUGGGUUGGGUCCAACCGGUUCGUACGCCGUCAUUCCCGCAAUUCGACCCGCCCAACUUCUACAUGAGCGAGGACGUCAUGCAAGGUACUCCCCCUUCUACAGCCUCGUAUCUGCCUUACGGGGACAAUCCGGCGUUCAGCUGGAGUACUGAGGAUCUUUCCGUGAUGGGUCCCGAGCAGGAGUCUGGCAACGCAGUUAGUCCUUUGGUCAUUUCCUCGCCGUUUCCGAGCCAGCAGUACCUCAAUAUUCCGUCGCCCUCAUACGGAGGCUACAGCCCGGUGUCUUCAACAUUCGGAGAGGGUUCCGUUGCAUAUAGCGACCACGAUGAAUUUGGCUCAUGGGAUUCUGGGAUGACGGCCUAUCCGCCUCUUGGCUCUGUAGGGCCCAGCAACUUUGGUGUCGGGUUCGUCUCUCCAAUCCAGACCGUGUGGAUCUAA